AUGUCGAGUUUUGAUGAACUGAGCUACACUACUCCUCCAUCGCCACCAUUCGACAGCAUCUCUUCCAUACGAUACUCACCCACAAAUCCUGACCAAUUGUUGGUCUCUUCGUGGGAUGCGACAGUUCGGUUCUAUGAAAUUGGAGAAAGUGGCGUAAAACAAAGCGAGGCAAAGGCCAAAUUUGACCAUCGAGCAGCGGUCCUUGCAUGCUCGUUCUCUUCAGAUGCAGCGCGCGGCUACAGCGGUGGCCUAGAUACGGCUGUUCGAGAACUCGACCUGUCUACCGAGAAAAUAACCAACCUCGGCACACACAAUGAUUCGAUUUCUUCAAUGACCUUUACGAACACAAAUAAUGCGCUUAUCACCGGUUCGUGGGAUCGUUCAAUUCGUUUUUGGGACCCUCGCGCAGCAACUCCCCAACAAAGCAUGCAUUCCACUCCUGAACGAAUAUACGCCAUCGACCACGUCAAUAGCACCCUAGUUGUAGCAAUGGCUAGUCGAUUAUUUCACAUAUAUGAUAUCAGAAAAAUGGAUAAACCGGCGCAGGAAAGGGAGAGCAGCUUGAAAUACAUGACAAGGUCUUUGGCAUGCAUGCCUGAUGGCCAAGGUUACGCGACGGCCUCCGUUGAGGGACGCAUAGCUGUAGAAUACUUUGAUCCAUCCCCAGCAUCCCAAGAGAAGAAAUAUGCUUUCAAGUGCCACCGACAAACUAUCAAUGACGUCGAUCACGUCUGGCCCGUGAACUCCUUGGCCUUCCACCCCGUAUAUAAUACUUUUGCAUCAGCUGGUUCCGAUGGUACGGUGUCAAUUUGGGACCACAAGGUCAAAAAGCGUCUGAGGCAGUAUCCCAAAUAUCCCGGGCCUGUGUCAGCUGUUGCAUUUAACUGUGACGGUUCCAAGAUAGCGGUUGGGGUCAGUUAUACGUGGGAUGAAGGUGAGGCCGGACAAAAGGCAAAUGCAAUUACGCCAUGGAUCGGAGUGAGGAAGAUCGGAGACGAAGUAAAGCCAAAAUCUUGGGCUGGCUAA